AUGGCGUUUCCGAACAAUGACAUCCCAGCUUCGAGGCAGAAGAGCUGUAACAGUUGUGUGCAGUCGAAGAGGCGAUGCGACCGUCAAACACCAGUGUGCAAUCGGUGCGUGGAGAAGAAGAGACUCUGUGUCUACGGCAAGGAGCCGAGUCUGUAUUCGAGGGUAAGCGGGGACAUUGAUACAGACGCAAACCCCGACACAGCUCUUGAGAUGGAAGGACUAGUAUUUGCAAGUUCAAACUCCGCCGCCUCCCCAUUUCCAGCAGACCUAUCGCUGCAUGUGGAUAACUUCUCCGUCGAGCGAUCGUCCAUGGAUGAUGUCUCAGAGCCCAUCAUAAGCACUAUGUUCGAUACCGCUAGCAAUUUCCAAACUGACAUAGAUCGCUUGAUGGAACUGGUGGGCGGAGAUGACGCUGAAGCUGGUGGUCAAUGGCUAUUCCAGCCUGAUCAGCAGAUCACGAUUGUGCGCCCGAGCACGCCAGCGGAUGAAGAGAUCAAUCGGUCUUACGAGCAGAUGGGCGGUCUAUGCGAACGGUAUGAGCCGUGGCAGUUGUAUGACCCCAAAACGCCAGUCCACUACCUUGUGAACCGCAUCAAGGGCUUUACAACUGAUAUUGCUACCCACAACGCUGCACCGUUCAUGCAUCGGUACCUAUACAGGGAACACAUGCCCCCUUGUAUUCUGUCUUGCUUCAGUACCAGCGUGCUCUAUGCAAAUCGGACACCUGCGAAUACUGCAACUGUCCUCAGGGCUCUGCAGCAGAGUGUGAGGGAACUCCUGGCCGCAGAAUCACAGAGAGCCAUGAAUACGCCAACAGAAAAGCUUGCUAGAACACAAGCCUUAUUCUUGUAUCAAGUGAUCAGAUUGUUUGAUGGCGACAUCGCUUUGCGAGUUCAGGCCGAGAAGGACAUUGCCUUACUAGAAUCAUGGCUGGGAGAAUUGUGUAAAGUCAGAGAGAAUUUGGGAUACUCAUUGGACAUUGAAGGAUCUAGAAGGGAGGAGCCACCAAAGGAGUGGGAAAGAUGGAUUUUUGCGGAGUCUGUAAGAAGAACAGUCAUUAUAGCAUACUCAGUCAUAACACUCUACGGAAUGAUGAAGGAUACAUACACAACUGACGACAUCGGACCUUGGACCUAUGUUCACCGCUGGACCCUUUCGCGUCAUUUGUGGGAAGCAGAAUCAUCGUUUACCUUCUUUCGGAUGUGGCAAGAAAAGCCGCAUUUUGUUAUCAACAAUUAUUCCUUUGAAAAUUUUGUCAAGCAUGGAAGAGGUGACGACGUAGACGAAUUUGCUGAAAUCAUGCUGAAUGCGCAAGUCGCCUGGAACCCUUUUACAUGGGCAUUGAUGAGACGAAAGAGUUUCUUAGCCGCAAAUGAUUUCAAGUUGUAA